ACACGGGCAUCGCAUAUUCGCCCUGUUAAGCUCACACCAACAUCUUUCUUAUCAGAUAGAUACUAUCUCUUCAAGACUUCCAGCGUCCCUCUUUCCUCUCACCAUUACUAGUGGAAUCGGCAACCAUGGCCGCCAAAACAGUUCUGGCAGCCUCUCCUUCUCAACCUCUAAUGUCUUCAUUCUCAAAACCUAGGCCAGCAUUUCAAUCCUCCUUCGUUGGACUCUCCAUCAGAUUCCCCAGUCUGUCCCUGAAGCCGGUAUCUGCCUCAAGGCCUCUCAUCAUUGUCGCCGAGAUCAAGAAAGCCGUCGCAGUCCUCAAGGGGAAUUCCGAAGUGGAAGGCGUUGUCACCUUAAUCCAAGAAGACGGCGGUCCUACGAAGGUGGAUGUUCGUGUCACCGGACUCACUCCUGGACCUCAUGGAUUCCAUCUUCACGAGUUUGGUGACACAACGAAUGGUUGCAUUUCAACAGGGCCACACUUCAAUCCUAAUGAACUGACGCAUGGUGCUCCUUCGGACGAAAUCCGUCAUGCGGGUGACCUGGGAAACAUAGUUGCUAAUGCCGACGGUGUGGCUGAAGUGACAAUUGUAGAUAACCAGAUACCAUUAAGUGGGCCUAAUGCUGUUGUUGGAAGAGCUUUUGUGGUUCAUGAGCUUGAGGAUGACCUUGGAAAAGGUGGACAUGAACUUAGCCUUUCCACUGGGAAUGCUGGUGGAAGAUUGGCCUGUGGUGUGGUUGGUUUGACUCCAGUUCAGUGAGAUCCGCUGGUUCCGAAACCAGUCUGGUGGUAAACUAUUGCUUCUUGUUGCUUCCGUUUACAAGUGUACUCAGAGUUGAAUAAUCUUUUUCUAGUCAAAGAGGAUGCAGUCUGGGGUAGUUGAGAACAAAUUGCUGAGCCAUAAUGUAGAAUAUGAGGGAAACUGACCAUGUUUGUAGGUAUUUCCCUCCACAGAUUUAAGACAGAUGCUUUGUGUGUUGAAGGGACCUUAUUGUUGCAUGCCUUGCUGUGGUUGAAUCAUGAAUGCUCAACUCCUGUUUUAAAAGUUUCUCACGACUAAGGAAUAAUGUAGUUUUGAUUAAAAGAUGGAAA